AAGUACUCAAAUGCCUCCUAUAGUGCAGAACUGGAGCAGUCCCAAUAACGACCGUCUGCUCCACUUGGUUAACUGUAAGGCAGUGGUGCAUUCUCGACUAUAGAUUGAAACACAAGUGGAGGAUGUUGCAGACCGCUCCACCCCUCCCACACAGCCUGUGUCCAGACCCAGCGCCUCUCCGCUCCAUCUGAGUGAUGAGAGACCGUUCAGUCGCUCUCCUCUGAACACACCCUAGCCUCAGACGGGACACACCUGGGGAGAGGUCAUAUCAAAGCGGGGAUUAAUUCGACAUGGUACAGUUCAGCAGAGAACAGUGAUAUUUCUGCGGGCUGCGUAGAAGAAAAUACUGGAAUGACUUGUGCGCGGAGGAAAACAGUGACUGACGACGUAAAUAUUUACAUGCCCUUGUUCACAGCAGUACUGCUCGCCGUCGGCUGAACUCACACUGAAACCUACAUCGUGUGCCUUUGAGAGACUGCGGAGGAACUGCGUUGUUAACACGUACAAACAACGAUUGAAAUAUUAAUACGGGCGGGAAACGAAUCAUCCUGCCGUAAGAUCGUGCUAGAAUUCUGUUGAACCGGACUGUGGCAGUUUCUGGAGGUUUGCGGGACUGCUCUUCUUUAAUUUGCGGUCAUGCAGCAGACAUCAUCAGAUCUAUUCCCUACCUGAGGGAAUCGAGGAUUACUGGUGUUUUGGCAGGAUAUAGUAAUUAUGACCUAAUUGGACUGAAAUACAAGAAGUUUGGAAUGUAACACGCAGUGUUUUCGAUGUUUUGCCGCCUUAUAAAAUUCCAACAUAAUUUUGCGCGUGAAAACGGAGGAUUCUAAAGAGUAAACAACUGACGUUACACGAGUCAGCUGUGAAUAAUAUAAAAGUUCAACGUUAUGCUUUGCAAACUACAGUUUUGGUGGUAAAUUGGAUGAGAAAUGUACGCAGUGGAGUCAACUUUUUAAGUAAUUUUAUGAGCAUAAUCGCUUAGUAUCGCGGAACCCAAACGGUCGUUUUGCGCUCCUUGUGCGGUUAACCGUCAAGACGUUUUAAACAAAACAAAAAAAAUUUUGUGAGAUAUUUGUUAUGUGUAGCCUAUAUACAUGGUAAUGUGAUAAAUAACGACAGUACAAUGUUUUAUUGAUGCACCGCCAGAUACAAACGUCCAUGAGCAGCUGUUUCUAUGGUUACCUACGCAGAAGCGAUUUCUGUUCGCGUACGUAAAUUUUGUGGUUACUGAAUCGUUAUUCGAACGCUGUUGAAACAUAUAAAUGAUUAUGUAAAAAUAAAUUUCUAAGAGCCCCAACUUUAAUUUGGGGGGAUUCAUGCCUUAAUUAGGGGGUCGUACAUCCCCCCGCCCCCCAAACCUCCCUCAUAUUUCACACCCUGUGAAUGAGCACUUUGUGAAAAAAUUCGAUUAAAUUCACAUCUUAAUGUAAGUAUAUUUUCUCUGUCAGGUGAGAGAUGACAGGUGUAAGGUGAGCAUAAGGACUUUUAAAACACUGUUCUCCAAUAAACUUUAUAGGAACGCUGAGGCUUAUUUCUUAUUUUCAUUUGUUUCUUACAAAAUUACAUUACAAUUAAAGGACUUUUAAUAGUUAAAUGUGAAUUCAUUUUGAAAGUAUGCCCAGUCUGGAGGCCCUUUUCAAGGGUGAGACUCUAUAACCAAACAUGGGAGCGAAGCAAACGAAGGCCGCGGGACAGGAGGCAGGAGCGAGCCCUCAGAGCACAGGAUGGAAACGGACCCCCACGAAAGAGCGAGGAGACAUCCUUACUUCUAUAAUGUUGAGGUCAGGAGACAAACUGAGGAGCAGUGGGGCUCCUCCUCCCUACCAGCGGCGCAUCGGGAUGAUACAAGAGAUGAUGCUAAUGGCAAAGCAGGGGAAACACGAUGAGGCGACAGAGAUGCUGAAGACUCUCCGCCAGGAUCUGGGAAUGGAGUCAACCUCUCUGGACGAUGUUCUCUACCGCUAUGCCAGUUUCCGCAACCUGGUGGAUCCCAUUACCCAUGACCUCAUUAUAAGCCUGGCCAAAUAUAUUCACUGCCCAAAGACGGAGGGAGAUAGCUUGGGUUCCAUGGAGAAGGUGUGCCGUCAGCUGACCUACCACCUGAGCCCACACUCCCAGUGGAGACGGCAGGGGCUGCUGAAGAGGAAGCCACAGGCCUGUCUGAAAUCAGUUCUUUCGAACCCUCCCUCCGGUGGGACAUUAGAUCUGUCUGGCAUCCCUCUUGGAGUGAAAGACAUGGAGCGUCUCUGUGCCUACCUGCAUCACCAUGCGUCCCGCAUCGGCAGCAUAGAGCUGGGCUUCACCGAGCUCACAGACGAUGCCUUCCUUCUGCUCCUCCCUACGCUGGCGUCUCUUCCCCGCCUUGAGACUCUGGCCCUCAAUGGCAACAGGCUGACCCGUGCCGUGCUCAAAGAGCUCACAGACACACUGAAAGACCCAGACAGUUUCCCCAGCGUCACCUGGAUCGACCUGGGGAACAACGUGGACAUCUUCUCCCUCCCACAACCAUUUCUGGUGAGCCUGCGUAAGCGCUGCCCCAAACAGGGCAACCUUCCCACCAUCCUUGAGUUUGGCGAGAGCCAGGCCAGCGAGCCGGAGGGCCGAGUGGAUGAGGACGACGCAGAUGAUACAAACAGGACUGAGAGUAUGGGAGAACUCAGAUCUGAGGUAGAAGAAGAGAUUGACGGUGAGAUGGAGAUCGAGGACAUGAUGGAGGAGUUGCUGGACUUUGACAGGGAGGUGCAGGGCAAGGAGGACGAAGACGACAGUAUGUGGACCUUGGAGGAUCAGCGGCUGGUAAAAGAUCCAGUUGCAAAGCGGAGCAGAGAGAAAAGGCCGUCCAAAGCAGAGGGCGAAGAGGACUUACAAAGCCAGUCUUCCCAUCUGUCCUGCUCCAGCCACUCACAGCACUCUUCUGGAGCCAUCGAGCCUUUAAGAGAAGACUCUGUCCCAGACCAGUUAGCGUGUCAUUCGAACAACCCUACCUGAUUGAAGCCACUGUCUAAUUUGAUUAGAUGCUGGUCCCUUUAAGAAAAAGAGAAAGCGUGACAGACUUGUAUUCAGACUGGGUUAUCCAUGAAGUCAUGGGAUUCAGAAGGUUUUAUAGGGUUGACACUCACAGCAGUGGUCUGUUGUUGCAGAGGAGAAAUGAAUCACUUGUGAGGUUAAAAAAAAUAUCCACCAUAGCUUCUUGUUCAGGUUUUUCCCUUUACUGUCGUGUAAAUGUAUAGAUCCAAUCGCAAAGCAAUCGUCUUGCUCCAGCCAGUCACAGCACGCUUCUGGGGCCAUCGAGCCUUCUGUCCUAUACCAGUUAGCUUGCCAUUCAGACAACCCCACCUGAUUGAAAACACUAAGAGUCUGUAACCUUCGUCCCUUUAAGAAAAAGAGAAUGGUAGAGCGUGACAGCCUUGUUUUCAGACUGGGUUACCCAUGAACUCAUGGGAUUCAGCAGGUUUAAUAGGGAGGACAAUCAUGGCUGCUGUCUGUUUUUGCAAAGAAGAAAUGAAUCACUUGUGAGGUGCAAAAAUAUCAAACAUACCCUCUUAUUCAGGAUUUAAAUGUAAAUGUCUUAAAAAUGUAAAAUAUCCAGUCACAAAGUGGAGCAAAGAGAAGAAGGCAUCCAAAUCCAUCUGUCUUGCUCCAACCAGUCACAGCACUCCUCUGGAGCCUUCGAGCCCUAAAGAGAAGACUUUGUCCCAAAACAGUUAGCAUGUCAUUCAGACAACGCUACCUGAUGGAAGCCACUGGCUAAUUUAAUUAGUGUCUGUAAACUUCAUCCCUUUAAGAAAAAGAGAAAGCGUGACAGGCUUGUUUUCAGACAGGAGUCAUGGGAUUCAGCCGUUUUUAUAGGGUUGACAAUCACAGCGGUUGUCUGUUGUUGCAAAGGAAAAAUGGAUCACUUGUGAGGGACAAAAAUAUCAAAUAUACCUUCUCAUUCAGGUUUUCCCCCGUCACUGUCAUAACCAUGAACCUCUGUGUGCCUAUGUGCCUGUUCAAAACCCUGUCGGAGAAGCAGUGCACAUUUAGAUCAGUUAAACAUGCUGGAUAUAAGUAGAUCAUGAAUUGGUGUGUCUGUGUCCAUCUAUGCAUCUGACUGUCGCAAGCAUCAUGUUCUCUCCAGCAGUGGAAAACAACCUAAAUUCUAUUCAGUAUCGUUCAAUGAAUAUGCAUGUCCCAGGUGUCAGGUGGAUGGGACGCAGAUGAGAUCAUAUUAAGUGCCCCUAAUAUAUAGUGGAAAACCAAAAUGUCACACUGUUGGCCCAAAACAUUAUGUUUGUUUGAUACAGAGCAGCGGGACUGAAGCCAAAGAGAAAAGACUCACUCCACGGAAAAAAGCAAGUGUCGUUUGGCUAUAUGAUAAUAUAUCAUACUGUUAUUCUGUUGUUGCUGCUUGACAUGGAUUUUGAAGACAAUGUAAGGAUUCUUAGCUCAGUUCUUUAGAAUAGAUUCUUUAAACAAGAAAAUGAUAUAAAGGUUUCAUUUCUAUUUAUCCACUGUUAUUAAACGAUAAAGGUAUUUCAUAGUAUAAACAUCUAUUUAGUGCCUAAUUACAUUACAUUAUUCAAAUGUAAUUCAAACUAGUUCUGAUAUGCCAGUAAAUGAAAGUAUUGUUUCAAUGACAGUGUAUAUUGAUCAGACAGAUUUGUCUUAAUGGAAAACAGUUGUUUUAUUUCAUUAUUUAAAAUGACUUAAUUAAGAAUUAGGAUUUAUUAUAUGCAUUUAUACUGUACUACUUUGUAUAUUAACAUAAUAUGCUUACAUGCAAAAAUCUUGUUCAGUGUUUUUUAAGUAGAAUUAUCUCCCUCCCCAAAUGAUGGUUUAUAAAAUUAUUUAAUUAAGCCUAAUUGCUCCUGUAAUGAAGUUAGCCAACAUAUUUCAGAUUAUCGUGUCAUUUUCACCAGGUAGCCUCAAAAUCUCCUGCUGUUUUUCAAAGCCAUACUUCUAGACAAGAUCUGCCAUUACAGAAAGGGAAAUAUAUAUUGAUAAAAUUGCACUGAAGAGCUGUGAUCAAUUAAUUUUGUCUGUAUUUCUGUGUUCCCGCAAUGGUUAAUAAAGAAAGGAGAAUGCUAGGGAUGACAAGGAACAGCAAUAUGUGUAUAUGAUUAUUUGUAAACAAAACAAAAUGUAUUUACCGUUGGCAUCAAAAUCAAUAAACCUUUAACAAAUAUACAAUUAAUUUAUGCA